AUUGGAGUCUGUACAGGUCAAAAAAGACUUAAAGAUGCUCAGGGAGGAGGCGGUUCCUCAAAAAAGCAGAAAAGAAGCCACAAAACAUCAGUGGUGAACAACAAAAAGAAGAGCAAAACUGCAAACAGCAGUGAUAGUGAAGAACUUUCUGCUGGUGAAAGUAUGACCAAGUCUCAGCCAGCAAAAUCAGUUUCCACUGGAAUGAAGUCUCACCAUACCAAAUCACCUGCAAGAACACAAUCUCCAGGAAAAUGUGGGAAAAACGGAGAGAAGGAAUCUGAUCUCAAGGAACAGAAUAAUCGUUUGCCUAAAGUUUAUAAAUGGAGUUUUCAAAUGU